UUACUUUCUGAUUAUAAAGGCGAUGACAGUUUGCCUAGAUUUCAUUUAGUUUAAUUUAAAUUCGGUUGUAAAAUGUUUGUUCAAAAUAUUUUUAUCUUUUAUUUAAUGUUCUUAACAGUAGUUUUUGGUAGUGUAGACGACGAUUAUUACUACAUUUCCGCACUCCGUUCUAGUUCAUUGAUAUGCAAAAAUUUCGUCCAACAAAUGUAUUGUCAGAUAAAAUGCGGCAUGGAGGCGGCCAUUUGUAUUCAUGAGAAUUGCUAUUGUCUUUCUCUUACACUUGCAGGAGCAAAGGAUGUUGCUCAUCAACAUCAAAUAGAUGAAAUAAGACAAGACGAGAGAGAACAUGAAAAUGUGAAUUUUAUUGAAAGCGAUGAACUACAUAUGAUACAAAAAGCAAGUCCAGAAACAAGUGACUCAUUUUACGCAAAACGUCCCACGGUGCGGCAUCAUAUUGCCCACUUUUGUCCUAAUCUUGAUGUAGCAAGGGAGUGUAUCAAAAAAUGUAUGGUAGUAGGCAAGCCGGCCUUCUGUGGCAAGGAUCACGUCUGUUACUGUGGUCAUAGCUAUUCGAACAAUGACGACGAUACGGCAGCUGAUGCAAAAGAAACAUACGCACAGUUCAAAGACCUAUACACUAAAUAUUUUGGGACAGAUAGAGAUACAAUUGAAAUGGACCUGUAAUUGCUAAAAUUGCUAAAAUUUUAUUAAAAGUAGUAAAUAUAUAUCCGAAUAAUAA